AGAGGGAGUAGCCGAGGUUAGACAGGAAGUCUGAGUGAGAAGUGAGUUAGCCACCUGUGAGCCUCACAUGAACAGUGCUCAGUGACAGAGGACGUGGAGGUUGAAGCUGUUGGAACUCUGCAGAGUCCAGAUGGCGUACAGUUCAGGGGGCAGAGCCGAGGAGCUGCCACCAGCUCUGCCUGUCAAACAGAACAGGAGUCGGAGUCGCUCCAGCACGGACUCUUCCCUCUUCAGCCCCGUGGGACUGCAGCAUCAGAACUACGACGAGGUCUUCUCCGAGCCCACUGACUGUCAUGCAGAUCAGUGCCCCAUACACCAGCGCUACGAUCCCUUUCGCCACCAGGAGAGAUUUUUCUCAGACGUCCACCCCCCGCCUGUUCCAAAGAAGAGGCUAAAUCGCACCCUCUCCCUCCCUGGAACCAACACGACCCCGCUGUGUCCCUGGUCUCCUAUGUCUCCCCUGCAAAGACACCCUCAAAACUUUGACAACCCCUUGUACAUGCUGGCUCCCGCACCUCUCCGCUACUUCCAUCAGGAGACAGAGGAGGUCACAAAGGUCAGAGGGAGUGUGGCUCCUUUGCUCUCCUUCUCCCAGCUGUCCUUUGACUCCCCGGACGAACAUCUGCCAAACCUCUACAGCAGCCUUGAUGACCAGAGGGUUGUCUCUCAGGGGAUCCUGCAUCGCCAUCUUCUCUUUCUGAGAAGCAUGGCGCAGAGCGUAGAGGCCGGCAUCCUGCUGCGAGUAGAGGCCUCAGAGAAGGACGUCAGCUCAUACCAGCCUCAGGAUUUCCUGCUUGUUGAGGACAGCCAGCCAAAGCAGAUAGGAGAGUGUGUUUAUUACAGACUGCACAGCCCCAGGUUUCCAGGGAGGGAGCUCGGUUUAAAGGUGCACAAACACGCACACGCAGCACCCACCCAGCAGCAACCGUCACAUGUCAACGUGCAGAGUGUGGUCGCUCGUUUCACACCCAGCAGCAUCCUGAAGAACGACUCCAGCACCCAACAACCUCAAGAUCCCUCCACUCCUUCUAUAUCAGAAUGCACUGCUGCUGAAACACCAGGCGGAGGCAGCACUGAGUAUUCCACAGAUCCCAUAAUGAUGAAUGUUGGCUCAGUUCAGUGUUUCCUGCAGAGAGGACAAUCGGUGAGCGUUGAGAGGGAUCUGCCACACGUCACUCUGGAGGACUUUGUCCAGGAGAGCCGCUGCCUGCAGAGCACAGAGAGUCUGCUCUAUGACAGACAGGUGUGUGUCCUGUUGCUGCAGAUAAUAACAGGUGCAAAGCAUCUCUACAACAUUGGGGCCACGGCAGCCGAGCUCAGACCCCAGGAGAUCUUUCUGGUGUGGCCCUGCGGGGCGAGGGACGAGACAGAAAACAAGCUCGAUGGUUCUUCCGAAGCCAAGAGAAGUUUGAAGACCAGCAGGUUGAAAGAAGAGAGGGAGUGGGAAACCCUGGAGGAAAAGGGCAGGAUCCAGAUGUUAUGGAGGAGACAAGGUUCCCCUCGAGUGGUGUUAAACCCGCACUCUGUGUCUCACUCUGUUUCCUCCAUAAACUCACAGAUUGGUGCCCUGUUGCAGUUCUGCUUGUCCUCACAAGAGAACUCGGCAUCAAGUCUCUCCACGUCCUCAUACAGACGGGCUCUUCUUCAUCUGUCCUCUCUGCUCCAGAAUGGGACCAGCGGGCCUCAGCUAGCCGACAUGGUGGCCCUGCUUCAGGUGCUCCUCUGGGGGCCCCAGGUCCCACUCCUCAAUCACAGCGGCCCCACCACAGCAGGAGCUGUACACAACUGGCUGACGAUCAAACGGGCGCUGCAGGUGAUGAGGCUGGCGGAGAGAGGGUUGAUCCAGGAUCAGUCCGCGCUGGACUGGGAGGAGUGCAUGUGUCUGCAGUACCUGUCAUUCACAGACCCUGAGACAGUUGUGAGUGUGACCAGUCAGCUGGGGCUCACUUUGACGAUGGACUGACAUGUACAGGCACUCCAUGUUCAAAUGAGAUUGUUCCUUAAAUCACUCCUGGGUAUUAUUUAAUUUUUUCGAGAGUAUUAUUUCUAUAUUACCAAAGGAAAAGCCAAUUCCUUCCAUUAUCGAUAUUCAUUGAAAAGUGCUUCACUUUGAAUGUUUACCUCCACCAAGGAGGCCAGAUUUCUCAAGAACAAAUCAGAUUUCCAUGAAAUUCUGUGGAAGGUCGGGCCAUGACACAAAGAAGAAGUAAAUGGGAUGCAUAUAUUAGUCCCAAACACAUUUACAGACAUGCAAAGGCACACUCAUGCAGGUAGGGAAUCCCAUCUGGUGCAGGACACACAGAGCAGUGAGCGACCAUGUACGGCGCUUGGGGAGCAGAUGUUGGGGGAGUAAGGUGCCUUGCCCAGGGGCACUAGACAGGGUAGGGAGACUCUUGGAUUUUUGGAAAGAUCAAUCCAGGUUCAUCUUUUGUUGUCUCUCCGUGGAGUCCAACCAGAGACCUUCUCUGCCCAUAGUCCAAGUCUAGCCACUAGACCACCGCCUCUCUUAAGAGAUAGGGUUACAACCCUUUUUUAGCCUGGACUGUAAUAUGAAUAAUGAAAUGUCUUUCUCUGCUUUCAAUCAGUUUUGGUUAUUUCACAAGAUAACUGCAUUUUUUUUGUGCUGUUUGCAAAGACUGGAAAUUAAGAACUCUCGAAAAAUAAAUCCCCACAAUGAUUUAAUUUUGAAUGUGACUGUUCAACACUGCCUGAGGAUAUACACGUACAGGCUGAGUCAGAGGCAUUUUGAAAUCAAAGCUUAACACGUUCUUCUGUGAUACUGCAUUACUUGAUUUGACCUAACUCUAGUGUCAUGUUCAUACAUUUAGUGUUUUGAUUAUUGUAUUUUUUAUACUUUUACUAGUUUUUCAUUCGUUUCUUGAGAAGUGCUUUACCAAUACAGAGAUGUAUUGUCCCAAACCCCUAAAAAAGAACUGUUAUGGCAGUUUUAUAAAUAAUACAUAAGGGCUUUGAUAAACUUGCCUUUCUAAAGUCUUGCUAUACGGUUCUUAUGUUUGUCCACACUUUUCUUUCGUAACUCAAUAAUAUGAUUAAAGCAAUGUGACAUUUUAGAGCCUUAGUAAGCUUCAAAGGAGAAGAUCGUCACACAAACCACCAGCAUCGGAAAAUCCAUUUCCAGCAGCAGAAUGGAUCAGCUGUUCAAUAUGAUGAUUGGUGAAAGGCGUUAACCCUUCUUCCUUUCGAUGUGGUCGAAUGACACUGUGUGAUUUUGUCACUUCAAAACACAGCGCUCUC